CUGCAGGUGACAUUGACGUUAGCGCUGCCGAGCUGGUGUAAUGCAAGGAGGGACACAUCAUGAAAUGGAAACAUUAUCCUUUUCUGGCUGUAGUAGCUGUAUUCAGCCUUUCCAGAUGCCAUCAGUUACUGGGCCAGCUCAUUCCAGACUCGGAGGACGCGGAGAGGGGGAGCGACGGCGGGACGCCCCUGCCCACCUCUGACAACGGCGACAACUCGCUGGGCUACACAGGUUCCCGUCUUCGACAGGAAGAUUUCCCGCCUCGGAUCGUGGAGCACCCCUCCGAUCUGAUAGUGUCCAAAGGAGAGCCAGCCACUCUGAACUGCAAGGCAGAGGGAAGGCCGACCCCCACCAUCGAGUGGUACAAGGGGGGAGAGCGGGUGGAGACGGACAAGGAUGACCCGCGCUCCCACCGGAUGCUGCUGCCCAGCGGAUCCUUGUUCUUCCUGCGCAUCGUGCACGGGCGCAAGAGCCGGCCGGACGAGGGGGUCUACGUGUGCGUGGCCAGGAACUACCUCGGGGAGGCUGUCAGUCAUAAUGCAUCGCUGGAGGUGGCAAUUCUACGGGAUGACUUCAGACAAAAUCCAUCAGAUGUCAUGGUAGCUGUGGGGGAACCUGCAGUGAUGGAGUGCCAGCCCCCGAGAGGCCACCCAGAGCCCACUAUAUCAUGGAAGAAAGAUGGCACCCCUCUAGAUGACAAAGAUGAGAGAAUUACAAUCAGAGGAGGAAAGCUUAUGAUCACUUACACAAGAAAGAAUGAUGCUGGCAAAUACGUUUGUGUUGGAACAAAUAUGGUUGGAGAACGUGAAAGUGAAGUUGCAGAGCUCACUGUUUUAGAGAGACCAUCUUUUGUGAAGAGACCCAGCAAUUUGGCAGUAACUGUGGAUGACAGUGCAGAGUUUAAGUGUGAGGCCAGAGGUGACCCAGUCCCUACAGUGAGAUGGAGGAAAGAUGAUGGGGAGCUACCAAAAGCAAGAUACGAAAUCCGUGAUGAUCAUACCUUGAAAAUCAGGAAAGUUAUGGCAGGAGACAUGGGAUCAUACACUUGUGUUGCAGAAAAUAUGGUUGGAAAAGCUGAGGCAUCAGCAACUUUAACAGUUCAAGAGCCUCCACAGUUUGUUGUAAAGCCUCGAGACCAGGUAGCUGCACUGGGGAGAACAGUGACUUUCCAGUGUGAAGCAACUGGAAACCCUCAGCCAGCCAUCUUCUGGAGGAGAGAAGGGAGUCAGAAUCUGCUUUUCUCAUACCAGCCCCCUCAGUCAUCCAGCCGAUUUUCAGUUUCCCAGACAGGAGACCUCACCAUCACCAAUGUCCAGAGAUCUGAUGUUGGCUACUACAUCUGCCAGACUUUAAAUGUUGCAGGAAGUAUCAUAACAAAAGCCUACUUGGAAGUUACAGAUGUGAUUGCAGACCGGCCUCCCCCUGUCAUCCGGCAGGGCCCCGUCAACCAGACUGUAGCUGUGGAUGGGACUUUAGUGCUGAACUGUGUGGCCACAGGCACCUUAAUGCCCACCAUCCUCUGGAAAAAGGAUGGCAUCCUCAUUUCCACCCAAGACUCCCGCAUCAAGCAGCUGGAGACAGGAGCACUGCAGAUCAGAUAUGCCAAGCUGGGCGACACGGGCCGGUACACCUGCAUCGCCUCGACGCCGAGCGGCGAAGCCACCUGGAGUGCAUUCAUAGAGGUCCAAGAGUUUGGAGUCCCAGUGCAGCCACCACGACCCACUGACCCAAACUUGAUUCCUAGUGCUCCAUCAAAGCCUGAGGUUACAGAUGUCAGCAGAAAUACAGUAACACUGUCAUGGCAACCUAAUUUGAAUUCAGGUGCAACCCCAACCUCUUACAUCAUUGAGGCCUUCAGCCAUGCAUCAGGGAGCAGCUGGCAGACUGUAGCUGAAAAUGUGAAAACUGAGAGUUUUGCAGUUAAAGGGCUAAAACCUAAUGCAAUUUAUCUCUUCCUUGUGAGAGCAGCUAAUGCAUAUGGGCUGAGCGACCCAAGCCAAAUAUCUGAUCCAGUGAAAACUCAAGAUGUUCCGCCAACAAGCCAAGGUGUGGAUCACAAGCAGGUCCAGAGAGAGCUGGGUGACGUGGUGCUGCAUCUGCACAACCCUACUAUCCUUUCCUCCUCCUCAAUUGAAGUUCAUUGGACUGUGGACCAGCAAUCCCAGUACAUUCAAGGAUAUAAAAUUCUGUACCGGCCUACACCAGCAUCUUAUGGAGAAUCAGAGUGGUUAAUCUUUGAAGUGAGGACUCCAACCAAAAACAGUGUUAUCAUUCCCGAGCUGAAGAAAGGUGUAAACUACGAAAUCAAGGCCCGCCCUUUCUUUAAUGAGUUUCAGGGAGCAGAUAGUGAAGUGAAAUUCGCAAAGACCCUGGAAGAAGCUCCUAGUGCUCCACCUCAGAGUGUUUCUGUGACUAAGAACGAUGGGAAUGGGACAGCCAUCGUGGUCACCUGGCAGCCACCCCCUGAGGACAACCAGAACGGGAUGGUUCAGGAAUACAAGGUGUGGUGCCUUGGCAAUGAGAGCAGAUACCACAUCAACAAGACAGUGGAUGGAACCACCUUCUCCGUGGUCAUCCCCUCCCUCGUGCCAGGGAUCCGAUACAGCGUGGAAGUGGCUGCAAGCACUGGGGCAGGACCUGGAGUGAAAAGUGAUCCCCAAUUUAUCCAGCUAGAUUCUCAUGGAAACCCCGUGUCUUCAGAGGAUCAAGUCAGUUUAGCCCAGCAGAUUUCUGAUGUGGUAAAGCAGCCUGCCUUCAUUGCUGGGAUUGGUGCAGCCUGUUGGAUCAUCCUCAUGGUCUUCAGCAUCUGGUUGUACCGCCACAGGAAGAAGAGGAAUGGACUCACGAGUACUUAUGCUGGUAUCAGAAAAGUCCCGUCUUUUACCUUCACACCAACAGUAACAUAUCAGAGAGGAGGAGAGGCCGUAAGCAGUGGAGGCAGGCCUGGACUCCUAAACAUCAGUGAACCAGCCACUCAGCCAUGGUUAGCAGACACUUGGCCUAACACAGGGAACAAUCACAAUGACUGCUCCAUCAACUGCUGCACCUCUGGCAAUGGCAACAGUGAUAGCAACCUUACAACGUACAGUCGACCAGCCGAUUGUAUAGCAAAUUACAACAAUCAGCUGGACAACAAGCAGACAAACCUGAUGUUGCCUGAGUCAACGGUAUAUGGGGACGUGGACCUCAGCAACAAAAUGAAUGAGAUGAAAACCUUCAAUAGUCCAAAUCUAAAGGAUGGAAGAUUUGUCAGCCAGCCUGGGCAGCCCACUCCUUAUGCCACCACUCAGCUCAUCCAGUCCAAUAUCAGCAAUAAUGUUAACAGUGGCAGCGGGGACACGAAUGAGAAACACUGGAAACCCUCUGUUCAGCAAAAGCAAGAGGUUCCACCCAUACAGUACAACAUUAUGGAGCAAAACAAAUUAAACAAAGAUUACCGAGUAAAUGACAACAUUGCUCCAACUAUUCCCUACAACCAGUCAUAUGACCAGAAUACAGGUGGAUCCUACAACAGCUCAGACAGAGGCAGCAGUACAUCUGGGAGUCAAGGGCACAAGAAGGGUGCUCGCACCCCAAAGGCUCCCAAGCAGGCUGGCAUGAACUGGGCAGACCUUCUGCCACCCCCUCCAGCACAUCCACCUCCCCACAGCAACAGCGAGGAUUACAGCCUUUCCGUGGAUGAAAGCUAUGACCAAGAAAUUCCUUGUCCUGUGCCACCUGCAAGGAUGUACCUGCAGCAGGAUGAGCUAGAGGAAGAGGAAGAAGAUGAGCGAGGUCCUACUCCACCUGUCCGAGGAGCAGCUUCCUCUCCAGCCGCUGUCUCCUAUAGCCAUCAGUCAACUGCCACUCUCACCCCCUCUCCCCAGGAGGAACUCCAGCCCAUGUUACAGGACUGUCAGGAGGAUCUGGGACACACACAACACCAACCUGACCGGAGACGCCAGCCUGUGAGUCCUCCACCCCCUCCCAGGCCCAUCUCCCCACCUCACACCUACGGGUACAUCUCGGGGCCCUUGGUGUCCGACAUGGACACCGACGCCCCGGAGGAGGAGGAGGACGAGGCGGACAUGGAGGUGGCCAAGAUGCAGAACAGGCGGCUCCUCCUGCGCGGCCUGGAGCAGACGCCCGCCUCCAGCGUCGGGGAUCUGGAGAGCUCCGUGACGGGGUCCAUGAUCAACGGCUGGGGCUCGGCCUCCGAGGAGGACAACAUCUCCAGCGGGCGCUCCAGCGUCAGCUCCUCCGACGGAUCCUUCUUCACCGACGCCGACUUCGCGCAGGCCGUGGCGGCGGCCGCCGAGUACGCCGGGCUCAAGGUGGCCAGGCGGCAAAUGCACGAGGCAGCAGGAGGCCGUAGACAUUUUCAUGCAUCACACUGCCCCAGACCCACCAGCCCUGUAUCUACCGACAGCAACAUGAGUGCUGUUGUAAUACAGAAGGUCCGACCUGCCAAAAAGCAAAAACACCAGCCAGGACAUCUGCGCAGAGAAGUCUACACAGAUGACUUGCCCCCUCCUCCGGUGCCCCCUCCAGCCGUGAAGUCGCCGACAGCGCAGUCCAAGUCGCAGCUGGAGGUGCGGCCGGUGCUGCUGCCCAAGCUCGCCUCCAUGGAGGCCAGGACGGACAGAUCCGCCGACAGGAAGGGAGCCAGCUACAAGGGCAGGGAGGGGGCGGAGGGCAGGCAGCACCCCGACCUCAGGACGGGCCCGGGGGAGCGCAGGGAGCCCCAGGAGCCGCCCGGCGAGCCCAAAGCGCGAGCCGGCAAAGCAGCGAAGCGGGACGGCGCCCCAGCCAAGAGUCAUCUUCUGCAAGAGGACAUACUGCCAUAUUCUAGACCAACGUUUCCAACAUCAAAUAAUCCUAGAGAUCCCAGCUCCUCCAGCUCCAUGUCCUCGAGAGGGUCAGGAGGCAGACAGAGGGCAGAUCAAGCAAAUCUAGCCCGAAGGAAUGUUGCAGAAAUGCAAGUACUGGGAACCUAUGAACAAGAAGAUGAAGAAGAAGAAGAGAUGGAGGAAACAGAAAGCUGAAGACAACGACAUGUACUGUAACAGGCUUUUAAAAUCUAAUCAGAAAAAAAAAAAUAAAUCACUUAAGAUGCCUCAAGUCUGAUGAUGUUUGACGCCAGAAAUAAUGUUCAGUGCAAUCAGAGUGUACAAUUUUUCCUUUUUUCCUCAUGCCAUCAGAAUGCUAGUUUUUAUUUUGCUCUUUCUUUGCCAACCCUCCUCACUAGGAACGGCCCUCGCCUAUUCCGGAGCGCCGAGCGCAUCCCCUCGAGCAGGCAGGGAGGCUGCUCUUCGGGGUGCUUGGGCCAGCUGCUGCUCCAGGAUUGGAACAGGAGGGAGUUCCAGGGCCUGGGACCCCGAGGUGUGUCCCCAGCUCAGCAGAGCGGCGGCGAUGGCAGAGCUCCCGAGCAGAACGCGCUUGGGUUCUCGCUGUGCUCUGCGCUCAGAGCACCCUGCAGCUCUGGCACUGCCCCUCUGGCUCCUGUUCUGCCAGUCUCCUGCUAACCUUUAGCAGAUGAUACAGUUUGACAAACGAAAGUAAAAUUAAUUUGGGAAGAGGUGGCUCUUAUUGUAAAUAUGUACUCAUUUUAAGCCCCUGUGGUACUUUGAUUUGUCUUUCCAUUUUCAUCAUUAAAUACAUUCUUAUUAAAAAUGUCCUUUGGGAUAAGCAGGAGGUAAGCCAAUGUGAUUGCUAUUUGCCUAAUCAUAGCAUGACCAACUUUAUCUGAAACUUUUUUCUAAUUUCCAGCUUCAACACUGCUUAUAAAAAGAAAAUCAAUGGACAUUUUUAAUAACAAUUAGGUAAUGUCAUCAACUGCUACUGGCCCAAAUCUCAGACCUCUACUUGUGUCAAUUCACCUUAAAGAAGAAGUGCCACUUAAAGAAGUUUUAUUUGAUCUUGGCAAUGAGUUUUUUUGUAAUGCACUGCUUAUCUUUUUUUUUUUUUUUUUUGGUUUUAAAAGCACAAUCACUAAACUUUGUUUGUAAACCAUUGUAACUAUUAACCUUUUUUUGUCUUAUUGAAAAUGUUAAGCAUUUGUUUGGGAUAUUUUUCAUCUUUUUGUUAAUGCUCUAUGUUUGUAUUUGGAAUAUUUGAAUGAUGACAGAUGGUAAAGUAACAGACGUAAAUGUGGGCCAUAAUCAAAACACUUCUCACUUUUCCUGGACUUAAAGAAAAUUACCAAUUUUUCUGUGGCCUCUCUCAACAUUGGAUUAUCAUUAAAGCUGAAAUAGAGGCAUUAGUUGCAUUGAAUUUGCCAAAUGAUGUCCUCUGUCUGUAGGUUUUCUGAUCUUUUUUGUAAUUAUAACAUUUCUUUGUCAUUGGUGCUAAUGGAAAAAUGUGUGUUUGUUUAUUGACAACUAUCAGGACUAGCCCCAAUGGAAAAAAAAAAGAAAAAAAAAAAGUGUUUUGGUGUUUACCGAGGACUGAAAUUUUUCAUUUAGCUAAUUUUUAAAGAAAGGUUCCAUAGAAAGGGUGUGCAGUACUAAAGGAAAAAUCCAUGUGAUUAAUGUUUUCAUUAUGUUCAUGUAAGAAACCUCAUAUUUUAGCCAUAAUUUUGCAUACUGAGGAUCCAAUAAUCAGAAAAGUAAUUUUUGUCACAUUAUUUAUUAAAAAUGUUCUCAAAUACA